AUGUUGUUCUUGAUUUAUGGUAUGUUACAGUAACCCAAUCUUUUUUUAUUCCAGAAACCCGAUCUUUUUUAUGUUACAGUAAUCCAAAAUUUUUUCUGUUACAGUAACCCAAAAAAAUUCUUGUUACAGUAACACCAGUUUUUCAUGUUACAGUAACCCAGUCUUUUUAGAAAAAGUUCCUUAUUUUGGCCACAACAAAGGUACUCCGCGAACUGCGCCCAAGCUUGGGCACUAAAUUUAGGAAAAAACGCUUCGACCUAGUUGGCACUGAAUUACUAUAAUAGCUCUAUAGUUUUGAGGAUACCUACGAAGGCUAUGACGACUCAUUUAGUUCCAUACGGAGGCAAUAAGUUUAGUUCCGGACAUGUUUCAUCGUAUAAAGUGUAAAAUCACAGGCUGCAGCCGUUUUUGAAGGGUAAAGUGGUACGUGAAAAAGAAGGUAACUCACUAACUAAAUCCACUGUCCGGGCAUUGACAACGAUGAAUUGAGCGUGCACGCUAAAUUUGGGCUAAUUCUGAUCAGUUUCCGCAAAGUUAUAAGUUGUGGCCAGAAUAAGGAACUUUUACCCCCAAUUUAAGCAUUGUACAGUAACCCAGCCCUUAUGUUACAGUAACCCCUUUUUUCAUGUUACAGUCCCCAAUCUUCUUACGGCAUUGCAAUUUAACUUUUUUAUGUUACAGUAACCCAUUUCUAUGUUAUAAUAACCCAAUCUUUCCAUUUUGCGAUAUUCCAAUUUUUCCGUGUUACAGUAACCCCAUAUUUUUACGCCAUGGUAACCCAAUCUUUUUGUACGACAGUAACCCAAUCUUCCGGUCUUAUUAUGCUUCAGUCACCCAUCUUUUUUAUGUUACAGUAAUUCAAUUUUUUUUUGUGUUACAGUAACCCAAUCUUUACUUUAUAGUAAUCCUAUCUUUUUUAUUUUACAGUAGCCCAAAUUCUCACGGUUUUCUGCGCAUUUUGCACCGGACUUUUGGCAAUUUGGAUUCAAUGUGGAAAUACUCGGAAGCCGAGGCAAGUUCAAGGAAAGCAAGACGUGUUCAUCACCAACAUUCCGAUUGACGAACCCUCGGAGAGAAGUCAAACUGUGAGAAUCAAGCAGCCUCCAGGCGCUUAUAACCCCAUGUAUAUGUGAGUUGACCCAUGCUCCGUCAGAUUAUCACCUCGUAUUUUACUUUUUUUUAGGAAAUCCCCGAAAUCCAGCACAGCCAAGAAGAAGGCGGACGCCGAGAGGUCGGGGAAACCGAAUCCCAAGGAGAAACCAGAUAAACAACCCUCGGAAAGGACGGCAAUUCCUGGAUCCGAGCUGAAGUCGAAGCUCUCGACUGUGUCCAAGAAGAAGGAGACAAAAAAAGCGGCGAGCGGAGUGGAUAAAAGUGGAAAGAACAGGUAAAAUACUAGCAGCUUAUCGACGGAAAUAAUGAGCAAUGGGCUCUGUAAAAAAGCGAUUGAAUACGGUAGAUUUAGAGUAAAAUAUUUUGGGAAAGCCGGAGUACUUAUUAGAGAUUUCCACGGCCAAAAUUUCGGCUAGGACUCUUAGUUCUCAGAGCCGGAGCCGAGGCCAGAUUUGGGGCUUUGGCUUCGGCUCUUGGCCAAAACAUAGGGGAAGUAAGUACUCCAAGUGCGACGCUCAGAUUUUGAUGAAACUUGGCACAAAUUUAGAGUAAUUUUUUCUAAGAUGUAUGCGAUAAUCCUAGUUCGCGCUUUGCAGAAACAACCGAGAUUUUUAGCUCAAACGUUGACAAAAAUUUGACACUUUUUGCCGAACUUUGGCAUGAAAAGUUUUAUGCAUGGUGCUAAAUAGUACUACCUGGUACUGUUUAGUACGAGGUGAAAAUUUGGCCGGUAAUGGUGUUGGUUUGGUGCUUAGUGCAGCCCAAAAACACAUUUUUAACACUUCGUACUAUAUAGUACCAACUGGUACUGUUUAGUACGAGGUGAAAAUUUGGCCGGUAAUGGUGUUGGUUUGGUGCUUAGUGCAGCCCAAAAACACAUUCAUAGCACUUGGUACUAUAUAGUCCUUGAAAUAGAUUCCAACGACUUCUUGUGGCGAAUAGUAAAUAUUAUUUAAAAAAUCUCUGAUUUUUUUGAAAUUCUUGGCCAGCUAAAACUAUGGUAUAUGCAUCAGAAUGGGCUAGUCUCCCUUCAAGCCCUCGGGAAAUGAAUUCCACCUUUCAGUUCGACGACUGAGAGCUCCGGAAAACAUCGAAAGUCGGGUCGGUCGGGACGAAAAAAUGUGGUCAGAGUGGAGAGAAGAGGAGCGGACAGCAAGAGGUCGUUGGCGGGUAAGUCGAUUCCUCAAUGUUUAGACCUAGAUUUCUGCAAAAUCUUUGUAGAAAAUCUCAAAUUUUGGAUGCCAAAAAAAUAAUUUUUUCACCCAGAAAUUUAGCCCUGAACUCGGACAGAACGCAAUCCGACGCCGAACACGACGAUCCCAAGCCGAUGACAAAAACCAAAAAAGAGCGAGACGAGUGGAAGGAAAUCCUAAAGGCCGUGAACGAUGAGAGCAAGAAGAACAGUACGAAAAAUCCAAGCCAUAAGCGGAAAAAGGAACCCGAAAAGAAGCCCUUUAAAGCUCAGAGAAAAGCCGAAGUCAAAUCCAAAGGUAGGGCAAAACGAUUUGAGAAUUUACAAGUUUAUCGCACAGUGCAAUUUUGUAGAGUAAAUUGGCCUAGGUUUUUGCACUGUGCAGUUUUUAGAGCGAGUCAGCUGCACUGUGCGUUUUGCGUUUUUUUCGCACCGUGCAGAAGAAAAGAGAUUGUUUGUUGCUCCCGCACAGUGCAAAAAGAUUUUUUUUUAUUUUGCACAGUGCAAAGGAUAAAAAUUUUGCCGCCAUGGUUGCCGUGCAAAAAAAUUUUUUUUUCCAUUGCACAGUGCAAAAAAUGUGUAUUUUUGCACAGCGCAGUUUUGUAGAGUAAAUUAGCCUAUUAUGUUUUUGCACUGUGCAGUGGAAAAGACAUUGGUUUGUUUGUCGCUGCGCCUGCACAGUGCAAAAAGAUUUUUGGCCCUUCGCACAGUGCAAUUUUGCAGAGUAAGUUAGCCUAUGCUUUCGCACCGUGCAGAGGAAAGAAGAUUGUUUGUCGCUGCGCCCGCACAGUGCAAAAAGAUUUUUGGCUCUUUGCACUGUGCAGUUUUUAGAGCGAGUCGGUUGCACUGUGCGUUUAGCAUUUUUUUCGCACCGUGCAGAGGAAAAAGAGAUUGUUUGUCGCUGCGCCUGCACAAUGCAAAAAGACUUUUUGGCCCUUCGCACUGUGCAGUUUCGUAGAGUAAGUUAGCCUACGAAUUCGCACUGUGCAGUUUUUGGAGUUCCGCCCGGCUGCACUGUGCGUUUUGAUUUUUUUCGCACCGUGCGUAGGAAAAGAGAUUGUUUGUCGCUCCUGCACAGUGCAAAAAGGUUUUUGGGCUCUCUGCACAGUGCAACGAUAAACUUGUCUUUUUCCAUUCUAGCCGCACAGUGCAAAGGAAUUUCUUUUUUUAUUUUGCACAGUGCAAAGAAAAAAAAUUUUGCCGCCAUGGUUGCCGUCGCCGUUGCACCGUGCAAAAAAAUUUUUUUUUCGUUGCACAGUGCAAUAAAAAUUUAAAUUUUGCACAGUGCAAAAAAUGUGUAUUCUCGCACAGUGCAGUUUUGUAGGGUAAAAAAGCCUAGGCUUUUGCACUGUGCAAAAUUUUUUUUAAGUCUUUUUUUUUUUUUUGAUUUUUUUCAAGAUCUACAAAGAACCCGUUUCAGUGACCAAUCUCAGCGAUAUGAUGACAACCAGUCUACGAAAAUCAAAGAGAAGCAAAAAGAAGUCCAAAAAAGAUUCGACGAAAGAGAAGGAAAAGUCGGCCAGAUCUGUAAAAUUCAGCCGGCAUUCCAAGGAAAGGCUGAACAGCGUGAGGAGAAAGCUCCGAGACACACUCUCCUCGAUGGCCGAGCAAGUGAAGACGGAGUUGGAUGGUCCCGGAGCUCGGUUGGAAGGCGAUAAAAAGCCAAAACCCGAGGAUAAAUCGAUGAAAUCAAAGAGUUUAUUAGUGUAAGUAGUGUUUUUGAGACAUAUAAUAAUGAAAAUAGAAAAAAAAAUUCAAAAAAAUGAAGUUUUUUUGAUUAAAAUUGACCUCAAUGCCAUGGAUAAUAUAAUUUUUAUAUUUUAAAGCUCAAUGUAUGAUAUGACUAUUAAAUUUUCAGCCCCCAACCGCCUUCACGCGGCUCACAAAGAACGCAUGUGGAUGCUGGAAGCGAAAAGAGCAAAGGAAAAUCCACAAAAUCUAAACGCAACCCGCCGAAGAGCAAAAAAGGGGAAUAA